AUGAGCGAACAUCCGCAGCUCGCGGCGAAAGCCAUUGAGCUGCAGCAUGGCGUCACGGUCGCCGACCGGCGGCGGCUGUGGCAAGAGCUCAGCGACGCGCUGAACCUUGAAGGCCCUGCGCAGAAAAGCGUGGAUGACUGGCAGGCUUGGUGGCGCAGGGGCACUGGAGGGGGUCGUCUGCCAGGCUUCCGGGGUCGCGUGUUGCAACUCACCGGGUUGGCACGCUUCGGUGGCGUCUUCGGUUCCCUCGAAUAUCAACAGCAGGCGGAUGUUCCCGCUCCUGCAGUGGAGGUCGAGGUGGAAGCCACUGAAGCGGCUGCAGCAGGUGACAGUGACACAGCCACACAAGCCCCCCCAAGUUACCUGGAAAGCGGCCCCGCUGCACCGGUGCCUCAGCCUCCUGUGCGGCCUCGCCGUCAACAGAGGCCACGGCGCACCGACACCUUGUUGCGGGUGUCUUCCCAGUGCGACCAGAGCCUCGAGCUGACAGAGAAGUUGCUUGAUGUGAGUAGACCGUUUGUUUAAAUUUUACGUAAAGGGUGUGAACAUUUUGAUGCUCUGUUAUGAUGACUGAAACCAACUUGGGCUGUAAAUAAGAAAC